AUGGAAGCUCUCCCCAAGGCUCUGGAGGUCGAGGAAAGGUCUCCAGAAUCCAAAGAUCUGCUUCCUAGCCAGACGGCCAGCUCUCUGUGCAUCAGCUCCAGGAGUGAGUCUGUUUGGACCACCACCCCCAGAAGUAAUUGGGAAAUCUACCGCAAACCCAUCAUCAUCAUGUCUGUGGGUGGUGCCAUCCUGCUCUUCGGUGUGGUCAUCACCUGCUUGGCCUACACCCUAACAGUGGAGAGGAAGAUCCUGGUUGUCCUCAAGAUGAUAGGGCCUGCCUUCCUGUCCCUGGGACUAAUGAUGCUAGUGUGUGGGCUGGUGUGGGUGCCCAUCAUCAAAAAGAAACAGAGGCAGAGACAGAAGUCCACUUUCUUCCAGAACCUCAAGUCCUUUUUCCUGGAUCGCUGA